AUGAUAUCCUCACUGCCAUCCAUCCUGUCCACCGACGGCAACGACUUCCAAGCUGCAGCUGCCUACGCACAAGCUGGUCCAUCUCGCUCCAGCUUGUCACGCAUGCAAGUGCACAUGCCACUCGACCAUCAUCCCAACCCUUCCAUCUUUCAGUCCGACCAGUCCUACCAGCAGCAGCUCCACCAGCAUCGCAGCGACAGGCAGCAGCCGCCGCCCAAGAUAUCCAAGCGCAUCAACAAGCGCUUGCAACUCGCAGCCGCACUCAUCGAAGCUGACAAUGAUGACAUCGAGGAGCGCAAUCUUGCACACCAAGCGUCGCUGCUGCGCGCCAGGCAACAGCAGCAGCAGCAAGCUGACCCCGACACACCAGGUCCUGCUCCCCUUCCACAACCAAAGCUGGCCAGUCAGAGCGUCAUCUUUGCGCCUUUUAGAGAUGAGCCGCAGCAUUCGGCUGCAUCAGCGCACACACGUCAAAGAACGGUCAGCAAUGCCAGCAGGCUCAGUCGACUCAGUGGCGGCAUGACCGCCAAUGAAGAGGGGCGCAGACCGAGCAUCGACUUUUUGGGCGUCAAGCUGCCGACGGACAAGAAGAAUGCCCGCACGUCGUCCAUGGGCAGUCGACCAGCAAGCGCAGCCGGCUUCUCCCGUCACUCUCGAGCAAAUAGCCUGAUGAGCGCCACUGGCCCUUUGCGUCCAGGCGAGACCGUAUGGGGUGGUCCAAUGGGCGAUGGCAGUAGGCCCGGUAGCGCUCUGUCGCACUCGAGGCAUGGCUCGCUACACACCAUGGCAGCUGCGGCUGCUUCUGAAGAGGCUGAAAGCGAGGCGGGAUCGGAAGAGGCGCUCAGUGAAUGGGGAGUGGACAAGUUCCUAUCCAAAGAUGCUAGAGAGAAGCUCAAUGCGGGUCGCAGGAGUCGCGCCAACAGCACCGUCGGCAUCACCACUGUCCCCGCUUCCGCUUCAAGACCUGCAUCGGUUAUCAGUGUGAGCGCUCCCGCGCGUCCACAGAGCAUGAUUCGCACGCAUUCCGAGGUAGGUACUGGAGCUACAGGUAUUCCAAAUGGGCCAGACGGGUCGGUUUCUGCGGCUCAAGCGCAACUUCUAGCACGAAUCAAGAUGUAUCGAGAAAGGCAGGAGAACCUGCCCCCUAGCGAAUGGUCCGGCCCGGGACCUGCUGCCGAUGCCACCGAGGUUGCCAAGCAUCUCGCCAUUGAUGCAUACUCAACAGCAGCUUCUGCGGCUGCGCAAUCGGACAGCAGCGCGGCAGCCCUGGCAGCGAGCAAGCGCAGCUCAGCGUUUCCAUCUGCAGGUGGGGAGACCCACGACGUUGGGAAAGCCCAGCGCAGCCCGAUUCAGAACGUUGUGGCGUCCAUCUUUGGAGUUCCCCCACCGCGUUUCAGCAGCACCGGAGGCCUCGACGCUUUGAGCCGGGAUGCUUCUGCUGGCGGUGCUGGCUUGAUCGGGCUAGACGGGGCAGGCACAAGCACUUCUGCGGCGGCAGACGAGUCCCUACUAUCAGCAGACAUCAGACCCGUCACGCAUCUUCGCAGCGCCACCGUCGAGAGUACCAACACUGUAGCCUCGGCGAUGAGCUUACAGCGUCGAGAUAGCUCCAUGGGAAUCUUUGGUGAGAGCUGGUCAGAUCAGGAGGAUGAGGAUGAGGUGCGUAGCACCGAGCUCCAAGAUCAGACCAUUACGCGAUCUGCUUCUCAAGGCGACACUACGGUUCGUAGAGACCACGUCAAUCAAGGCGCACGAGCAGAGGGCGCCGCAGAAGUUCUCAACCUACAGGGGCCCUUCAUGGAACCCAGUGUGGUGGUCGACUCGAUCGAAGAAUCUGUGCAAAGUGACAUGGCGGGGGUCGGGUCCUUCUCUCGAGGUCAGUCGAGGCGCAACUCUCUCAUGACUGGCGCACCUGGUAUGCUGUGGGCAGACACUGCGAAUGAGGCGCCUUCUCUGCGGCCAGGCGAAGUGCUGCAUUCAAGUCGUCCAGGCACUCCUGGCGGACUUGGCAGUGGCCGAGGCUCAGGACAAGCCACGCCCAUCCUUGGUGAAGGCGCUUCGCUUCCCCUCGACCCCUAUGCCAGCAUGUCCAUAGGCCCUAGCCCGUAUCCUGCUGCACAUAGGGCGUCGCCUGCUGCGCGGCUCUUGGAGCUUGGUAGCGACCCCUAUGCUGUCGCGGAAAGGUUGGGACCCUACCCUCGAGGUAUCGGUCAAUCGACGCCAGAGUCUCUGGCCCCUACUUCUAGAGCGCCCAGAAGGUCAGCAGCCACGACCAACAUGUCGACAAAGCAGCUACAACAAAUGGCCCGCCAAUCAGCGUUUAGCGGGUACUACGGCAUUGGAUCGCCAGGAGAUAGCCCACCACUCCAGGCCGCUGAUGACGCGGAGCUCCUCAGCGCUGCUGGCUUGAAUCCACUCAGUGCCAUUGCAGAGCCACGCUUGUUGGGUGCAGAAGUCGGAGAGGCGAGCCAGGAGUAUGCAGCUUUGGCCGAGCAUUUAGCCGAACAUGACCGCCGGGAAGCCUCAGCAUCUAACGAUGUCCCUAAUCCCAAAUCUCGACCGUUUUCAAGCUUUUUCGGAGCAUCGUCAACGAACGACAAGCGCACAAGCAACGCAGGACCUUCCAUUCUUGCAACCGCUGCGGCCCUGCGCGCCUCGGCUGUGCCGGAUCUUUCGUCUGUCCGGUGGGGUACUAAAAGGCGUACAGCUGCGCCUGCCGCCCCAGUCGAACCGCCCUCCACGGAUUACGCAGAGCCCGCAAAGGAGGACCCUUCGUCGGCCGCUGGGAAAGCUGCCAGGGGCAACUCUAGAAGCCUGUUCAAUCCCAUCAGCACUCUAAUGGGUUCGGGCAGCAACGCUCUCAUCGAGAAGCUGCAGAAAGCGGCCGAUGAGCAGCAGCGCCACCAGCAAGCUGCAGCACUCGUAACGGAGGUGGAUGAUAGCGAGUUCAGCCCUCCUGCCAAGGGUCCUCUGAGACCUCGCGGCCUCGAGGCUCGUACCCCAAGCGAUCUUGUCAUGCCCACGCCCCUCGAGGGCAGUCCUUAUGCACCAAGAAUCAGGCUCACAGAUGCGCACGGCCGCGACAUCCGCGAGCUGCGGGCAAGUCUCGCUCAAAGAAGUGGCAAAAAGACGGGCCUGUACGUACCUGAAGGCUUCGUGCUGCACGACGGCAGAGGUCUGCCACCUGUGAAGCAGCUGACAAUUGGAGCAAGCGGAGCGCCAAAACUGGCGUUCAUGGAGGGCGAUGGAAAUCAGAAGCACAAUACCGUCAUGGCAGCCCUGCUCGCCGACAGCCGUCGGACCAUCAAUGUGCCCGCAGCCGCACCUGCCGGUAUUGGACGCCGAGCGGCUGCGCCUUCGACCGCUCUAUUCCGCAACCAGCUAGUUCAACACGAGGAUGAGCGUACUGGUUGGGGUUGGGAAGCUGGCACGCAGACUGGCGAAGUGGGCAAUGCUAGCUCUUCUGAGGACGGAAAUGUUCCUCUUGCAGACCUCAAAAAGCUCACACGCGCAGCCAAGCGAGCAGCUCGCAAGACAGAGAAGGAACGUCGGAAGCGCAAAAAAGCCAGAGCAGAGCGGAGACGCAAACGAAGAAUCGCCGAAACCAGUGGCACUUCAUACGAGGCUCUCGGCGUCGAAAGUGACAGCCCCGCCGAAGAUCUUGAUCUGUCCGAAGAUUCAGAACCGGAGGAUGACCUUGCUGAAGACGAGGAAUCUGCAAGCGAAGACAGCCUCAAUUCUGAGGAUGAGAAGCGUUGGGUCGACGACAAGAAACCAGCCGGCAAAUUGUUCGGCAAGAGUCUGCUUGAUGUUGCCGACGAGCGCCGACAGAACCUCGUGUCGAAAAAUCGGUGAGCCUUAGUCCAGGAUUAGGGGCAUCUGAGCAAAUGCUGACAGUGCGGUAUCUCUGGCUGCAGUGCUUAUGGUCAUAUCGAAGCCGAAGAGAGCCGCAGGUUUGAGGCGUUGGAAGCAACUGGGAUGGAUGCCGAUGGAGACGCUCGUUCAAUCGCGCCCAGCACCGCUGCAAAGACCUUCCGAGACAACCCGUUGGGCUACAACGACACGCGAGAACGCAUGCAGGCAGCGUUUGGUAAAGACGCCCUUUGGGAGCGCGAGAUGGCAGUCCGCCGAGAAGAAGAAGCUCGAGAGGCUGCAGAGCGUGAAAUCAAGAGACUUGCCGAACUCGAGUACCGCAAAGGGGAGGCGGAACGGGCAAUGCACAAGCUCAAAGGCAAGAAGGGAAAGAAGAAUCAAGCCAAGUAUGAAGCUGCAGCACUCGAAUUUGCCAGAUUGCACAAGGAGAUCAAUGGACGAGAGGCUAGCUUUGUCUCACGCAACUCCGAGAGUGUUUCCAUUGCUCCGACUGUGGAGGAUGAGCAAGACGAGGGAAUUGCUCAGACUGAAGAAGAUGAAAUGCCUACCCGUAGCCGUACCCCUAUCGAGCCGCCAAAAUUGGAUCUGUCUUUGCUCAGCGAGAAUCCUGCCGGAGGAACCUCGUCUCUUGCCGCACAAACUAAGCGCAAAGGUGUAUCAGAAGCUGCUGCGGAAUGGUUCGCUCGCGAAUCCGACGAGGAUUUGUCAGAGCAGGACACUUCCGAGGAUGAGGCGGAGAAGCGGAAACAAGCUCUUGAAAGAGCGCGCAAAGCCCAUACGCAGAACAGCGCAAGUGUGAGUUUUGCCGCAGCACUCAAUUUGCCGAGGGUCAGGGUUCAAGAUGAGAAUGGGAGUGAUAGUGAGGCUACUGAAGACGAUAGCAGCAGCGAAGACAAUGUCCCUCUAUCUCAAUUGCGCAAGAAAGCUCCCCCUCGCGUUGGAUCCAGUACAUCAUUCCGCAACGUUGCUGGCAAUCCCCCUCGUAUCGGUGCGGAUGACGAGUCAUCGGAGGAAGAGAUGCCUUUGGCGGCUAUCGUUGCGAAACGCAAGACGCGCCAGAGCUUGGCCGGAAAGCUUGACAUCGACUUUAUGGGGACCAGUUCCCUUGACACAACCGCGAUAGCAAGGAGUAGCAUGCCUCCCGCCUCCUCCAGAAGCAGUGCUCUCGGGCCGACUACAGGUCUCCCUCCUCUACAACGGGCAGCACCACAAACAUCGCAGCACGAAGACGAUGACUCAGACGACGAUGCUCCUUUGGGUGUCAAGCAUGGCAAUGGGCUAGCUGCGCUCGCCGAGUUGACCAAGAAAGAAGCGCAGGUCAAACAAGCUCGAGAGAAGGUGGCGGACCUUCAAGGGGCAGCUGCUGCCCAAAUCAAUGACAGCGAUGACGAUGAUCGCCCUCUGGGCGUUGCGCAUCCCCAGGCGGCCAUCAUAGCAGAGCAGCGAGCCCUGAUUGAGAAGCUGCAGGCAGAAGCUGCGGAAGCGAGAGCCAAGAUUGCAGCUACAGAAAGUCCUUUUGGAGUCGGUGCUCCAUAUGGAUUCGAUUCGCGCAUGUCAAUGAUGCCUGGGGCAGCACCUUUCGGGCAGCCUAGUAUCGCGCCAGGUCACAUGAGCAUGAGUGGCAUGCCUAGCUUUGGUCCAAGCACAUCUUUUGGAGGUGGGAUGUUCCCGCACUCUCCUGGACCUAACAACAUUGGGAUGCCCAUGGGCAUGGAUCCGACUACACUGCCACCGGGCGUAGGACUUGGACCGGACCCCAAAGCAACCUCAAUCGAUCGAUGGCGCUCGCAGGUCCCAAUCGACCCGCAACCAUCCACAAGCAGCAACUCAAAGUAG